AUGCCUGACCUUUCUCCACAAUCAAAUCUUGUAGCUAGUGUUGUGGAAAGUACUGUCAACAUUGCAUCUUCACCAGUGGCAUCGUCAUCGAUGCCAGCACCUUCUGAGUCCGGUUUGGGAAACAAUGCUCUGGUGAUGAACUACAGAAAUGCAUCUGGGAGUAUGAGCAUUAGUAAAGAACUACCAUCUUCUUCAGUCUCCAUUAAUCCCAGCCUUGAGUUUGUUGGUGACCCAGUGAGAAAUGUAAAAGUUCUUGGAAACUAUUUGAUGAAAGCUCGGCAAAAGACUAAACCAAAGUAUGCAGCACGCUACUUAGUUCGUGUCUUGUUCCCCAAGGAAACAUUAUUGUGCAGCAUUAUGGGAGUGAGCGCACGAGGGCGUAGAACAUUGGAUCCAAACAAAAUUGCUGCAAUAAGAGAAUUUCUUGCAACUAACUUCCCAAACUAUGAUUUGAGAGAGCAUGGAAAAGACUGGAAAACCUGUAUCACAAAUGUGAAUGCUAUGAUCCGCUGUUUACGCUCUGAAACAAAAAUAAACCCAGAGACAGCUGAAGGGAAAGAAAAAGCGGCUGUCGCUCCAGAUACAUCUCAUUGUGUAGAUUUAAAUUAUAAUGAAGAUAGUGAAGGCAAUUCUCAAAACUCUCAGAAAAUGACCAGCUCCGGAUCUGACACAUUGCAGAAUUCAGGAUUGGAUAAGUUUGCAGAAGCUUUCCACGCACCUUCAGUCAAGAAACCGCAGUCUUUGGAACCUAUGGAACUUCUUGGAAGUCCAUGGCGCAACGUUCAGUUACCUUUCUCAGUCAUUUAUGUAGCUAAGGGGAAGUCUCGGCCAGAGUUAUCAGCUCGCUACCUAAUUCGUCAUAUGUUCACUGAAGAUGUGCUGGUAAAAAGCAAUGUAUAUGGUAAUCUUGAACGUGGCAUGAGCCCACUGGACUGCAACAGAAUUAAUGCUCUCAGAGACUUCCUUCAAGAAAAUUAUCCAUCCUUUGAUCUAAAGGAAACUGGAUAUGAUUGGAAGGCAUGUGUGGCUGCCAUAAACAGCACAAUCCGCAGUCUCAGACAUGAUCAUAAAAAGGCUACAGUUGGAAUCCGACGGAAAGUCUUGGCAGUGCCACCACUGCGUGCAAAGAGUCCUCCACAGAGUCCCACUCUAGCCAAAUUAUGUCGGUGCCGAUGCUCCUGGCAGCCCGGAGCCGCCACGGGUCCCGCUGACGGCGAUGUAGAGGCGGCGCCGGCAGAGCCCCAGAAGCCCUGCAACAUGGAGGAGCUGUACAAGGACACCCCAAACCUGCCCAUGGAUGUCACCAGCUCGCCCUCAGCGAUGGCCAACAACAAGCUAGAGAACGGGGUGGCCCAGCUGAUCACGGCGGAGGCCUGGAACAUCAACUCAGCCGACCUGAUGAAGAAGGCCCUCUCCCCACUGGCAGGCAGGGCGGGCUGCGAGCCCAAGGCCGGCAACAACAUCGAGAUCGUCAGCACGUCGCAGACAGCCAAAGUCAUCGUCUCCGUCAAGGACGCCGUGCCCACCAUCUUCUGCGGCAAGAUCAAGGGCCUGUCGGGGGUCUCCACCAAAAACUUUUCCUUCAAAAGGGACCUGCCCCAGGACUCGGUGCUGCAGUGCUACGACGUGAAGAGCCCGCCCGAGCCCCGGGACAGCGCCGAGGCCCUCAGGAAACCCGUCAAAAACAGGAGCGUAAAGCUAAAGAAAAUGAACUCGCCGGAGAUACAUAUUCUUCCAAUCAAGAAGCAACGGCUCGCUGCCUUUUUUCCAAGAAAGUAAAUUAUGGGUUUUUAGAAUUUUAAGAUUAUUAUGAGAAGAAGAAGAAGAAAAAAAAUAAUAAAAAAGAUGCACUUGGUUUUAAACUCAUUUAAAACUUUAAACUAUCUUUGUAAGUUAUUUUUGGGGAAAGGGGGAGAGGAUUGGAUGUAGAGUCCCUAUAAGCUGGGUUGGUUUUGGUUUUGUUUUUUUUUUCUUUUUUUUUUUGUUAUCGAAUUUUGACUUUUCAUGGGAAACUGAAUAAAAAGCAACCUAUUUUUCAAGCAGAUUGCACAUUUUGCAGCUUUAAUGGAGUAAUGGAUGAGUCAGAGGGGUAAGAGCUAUUUUCACUGCCAUAAAGUGCUUUGAUGAUGUAAUUCUUCAUAACGGUCAGAAUGGAAAUUUCAAAAUAAAUGUUUGUACGUGCUAA